AUGGACAAACUCAUUUUACCAGAUAAACAACAACCUUUUGACAAUGAACAAACGGAGGCAGAAGAUUUACCAGUUAUUUCACAACGAAUUCACGAUAUAAUAGAAGUACUUAAUAAUUUUAAGGAGCUAGGGGAUCAUGAAAGGUCAUUUCUUUCGGCUUUGGAGUUUUUUGAAGCGAACGAAGUUUCAAGACCAGUUACAAUUCGAACGAAUACUUUGCGAACGCGUCGUAGAGAAUUGGCUCAAUCCUUAAUAAAUCGUGGUGUAAGCUUGGAACCAAUUGGAAAAUGGUCAAAGGUUGGAUUAACAAUAUUUGAUUCAACAGUUUCAAUAGGAGCUACGCCCGAAUAUCUUGCCGGCCAUUACAUUCUACAGUCUGCUUCGUCUUUUUUACCCGUUAUGGCAUUAGCACCUCAAGAAAAUGAAAAGAUAUUAGACAUGGCGUCCGCGCCCGGCGGAAAAUCAACACAUAUUGCAGCAUUAAUGAAAAAUACUGGUAUAAUAUUUGCUAACGAUUCUAAUAAAGUAAGAACUAAAGGUCUCGUAUCCAACAUACAUCGAUUAGGUGUUAAAAACACGGUAAUUUGUAACUAUGAUGGGCGUGAAUUUCCUACCGUGUUGGGGGGGUUUGAUAGAGUUCUUUUGGAUGCUCCUUGUAGUGGAACUGGCGUCAUAUCAAAGGAUCCAUCGAUCAAAAUAAAUAAGAUGGAAAAGGAUUUUAUUUUAUUACCUCAUUUACAGAAAGAACUUCUUUUAUCGGCUAUUGAUUCCGUAGAUUCCAAAUCAUCUACAGGAGGAUAUAUUGUCUACUCCACUUGUUCAAUAACUGUUGAAGAAAAUGAGACUGUUGUAAAUUAUGCUUUAAAGAAACGUCCCAAUGUAAAGUUAGUGCCAACAGGAUUGGAUUUCGGAAAGGAAGGAUUUACAAAGCAAUAUCUUUCAUCCUUCCCUGAAUCUAACUAG